GUGGAAAUCAAGCUCGACUUCAAAGACUUUUGUGUUUCCUUCUGUCUGCCCGGGACUGGUGUUGGGCUCAACAUAGAGCAAGCUGUCAGGCUUGAUAUGGAGCGAGCUGAGUCUGCUCGAAGUGACUCCUUAGCCAUUGGUGAGGCUACCACUUCCAUACUUGGAUUGAGGAAUCGCUCCCAAAGGUUUCAUCUUUCCUGGCCAACCCUUACACAGCCAAUACAGUACACAUACAUAUGUAUGGCUUUCCUUACUCAAAGACAGAAAAUCAAGGAAGCAGUUCCUUAUGGCACCUAUCUGAAGAGAGAGAAAGAGAAGAUGGUCAUACUGGGAGAUAAAUGGAUGAGGAGUGGGGGGAUGUCAAACAGAGCAAGUGGGCUGCACCCGAAGCCCGCUCUUCCGCGAAGGCCGCCGGCAGCGGAAGGCGACGAAACGCCGGCCCUUUUCCCUCCAAGUCCCGAGCCGUCCUCCUCCAAUCAGAGACGCCGAGGUUUGCCUACGAAGAGGACUGCAGGGCCCGGGAAACCUCUGCUCCGGCGGAUGCGGACGUGCCUCGGGACGACGUGGGCAGCCAAGCCCCGGCAGGAAACGCAGCCCGUCAGCGACAUGCACCGGGAUCCGGCGGUAUUUUCUUUUUGUCUGGGUAAAGUUAGCACUUUGGGUUUAUUGCAGAACCGGAGGAAACAAGAGGCCGACUCUGCAUGGCUGUGAAGCGUUCAAACCACGCCCACUUGUUCUCUGUGGAACUCGAAGGCUUGCAGU